AUGCUGAAGCCCGGAGAUCCCGGCGGAUCCGCGUUCCUGAAGGUGGAUCCCGCCUAUCUGCAGCACUGGCAGCAGCUUUUCCCGCAGACCAGCCAGCUCAAAAGCAGCGGGCCCCUCGCCCAGCUCCAGCCACCCGAGAGAGCCGAGCCCCCGGCUGACAGCCUCCGCCAGCGCCCGACCUCCCUCUCCUCCGCCUCCUCCUCCUCUUCCUCGUCCACUCCGUCUUCCUCCUCCACCUCGUCCUGCGUCGCUGCAGCCGCGGCUUCUCUGGCCGGCCUGACCUCCCUGCCCGUGACCCAGGUCCCGGUGUUCGGCCCGCUGCAGAGCUCGGAGCUCCCGGCCGGGGCAGCGCCCGCUCCCCUGCAGGGCAAGGAUUUGUGCGGGGCCGGCGGCGGCAAAUGCGGCGAGCGUGGCGCCGCUCGGUACCGCUGCACGGCCGAGGAGCUGGACUACUACCUGUACGGGCAGCAGCGCAUGGAGAUCAUCCCCCUGAACCAGCACACCAGCGACCCCAACAACCGAUGCGACAUGUGCGCGGAUAACCGGAACGGCGAGUGCCCCAUGCACGGGCCCCUGCACUCCCUGCGCCGGCUGGUGGGCACCAGCAGCGCCGCCGCGGCCGCCCCGCCGCCCGAGAUCCCCGAGUGGCUGCGGGACCUGCCCCGCGAGGUGUGCCUGUGCACCAGCACCGUGCCCGGCCUGGCCUACGGCAUCUGCGCCGCGCAGCGCAUCCAGCAGGGCACCUGGAUCGGGCCCUUCCAGGGAAUCUUGCUCCUGCCAGAGAAGGUUCAAGCAGGUGCCAUCAGGAACACUCAGCACCUCUGGGAAAUAUAUGACCAAGACGGGACACUGCAGCACUUUAUCGAUGGUGGAGAGCCCAGCAAGUCGAGCUGGAUGAGGUACAUCCGCUGUGCCAGGCACUGUGGGGAGCAGAACUUAACCGUGGUUCAGUACAGGUCAAAUAUAUUCUACCGGGCUUGUAUAGAUAUCCCCAGGGGCACUGAGCUGUUAGUGUGGUACAACGACAGCUACACGUCUUUCUUUGGAAUCCCUCUCCAGUGCAUUGCACAAGAUGAAAAUUUGAAUGUCCCUUCGACUGUAAUGGAGGCCAUGUCCAGACAAGACACCCUACAGCCAUUUAAUAAAAGUAGCAAACUAUCCCCUGCCACUCCACAGCGAUCCAUAGUAUUUCCACAGACUCCGUGUAGCCGAAAUUUUUCUCUCCUGGAUAAGUCUGGGUCCAUCGAGUCAGGAUUUAACCAGAUCAGUGUCAAAAACCAACGAGUUCUUGCAAGCCCAACUUCAACAAGCCAACUAAAUUCUGAGUUCAGUGACUGGCAUCUUUGGAAAUGUGGGCAAUGCUUUAAGACUUUCACCCAGCGGAUCCUCUUGCAGAUGCAUGUGUGUACGCAGAACCCCGACAGGCCCUACCAGUGCGGCCACUGCUCGCAGUCCUUCUCGCAGCCCUCGGAGCUGCGCAACCACGUCGUGACGCACUCCAGCGACAGGCCCUUCAAGUGCGGCUACUGCGGGCGCGCCUUCGCCGGGGCCACCACGCUCAACAACCACAUCCGCACGCACACCGGGGAAAAGCCCUUCAAGUGCGAGAGGUGUGAGAGGAGCUUCACACAAGCCACCCAGCUGAGUCGACACCAGAGGAUGCCCAAUGAGUGCAAGCCAAUAACAGAGAGCACAGAAUCAAUUGAAGUGGAUUAA